GCACCGCUCCGCUCCGCGCCCACACACCUAGCCCGACCGACCGACUCCGGUCCCGGCGGCGGCGGCUCCCGCGGGGCGCAGCGCGGCAGGGCGCGCUCCCGGCUGCGGUCAGCGCUCCAGCCACGCCGGGUGCUGGCAGCGGUGGGCACAGGCUGGACGGCGCCUCUCUGGCAGCUGCGGAAGCCCAGCACAGCCUCAGUCUUCCCCCUCCCCCGCCUCCCUUUUUGACUAGUGCUGUUAUAUUAGUACUUUGGAGGCUCCAGCUGAAAUGAGGAUCACACUGAAAAAAGGGAAAAGUUGAAGCUCUUGACCACUAUCCAGGAGAUCGUUGGCUUCUGUCAGCCAGACCGUUGCACUGAGAAGGAGAACCUCUGCAAGUUUUUCUCAAUGACUCUAUAGCCAACUGAUGUAACAAUGGUACUAAUACUGGGACGCAGACUGAAUAGAGAGGAUAGCGGGAUACGAGAUUCCCCUGCAACCAAGCGGAAAGUUUUUGAAAUGGACCCAAAAUCGUUGUCAGGCCCUGAGUUUUUCGACUUCUCCUCGGGAUCAUCCCACGCAGAAAGCAUUCUCCAGAUCUUCAAUGAAUUCCGAGACAGCCGGCUGUUCACGGAUGUCAUCAUCUGCGUGGAGGGUCGGGAGUUCCCGUGCCACCGCGCCGUCCUCUCGGCCUGCAGCAGCUACUUCAGAGCUAUGUUCUGCAAUGACCACAGGGAGAGCAGAGAGAUGCUGGUGGAGAUCAACGGCAUUUUUGCUGAAGCCAUGGAUUGCUUUUUGCAGUACGUGUACACGGGCAAGGUGAAAAUCACGACGGAGAACGUGCAGUAUCUCUUUGAAACGUCGAGUCUGUUCCAGAUUAGCGUCCUGCGUGACGCCUGCGCCAAGUUCCUGGAGGAGCAGCUGGAUCCGUGCAAUUGCCUGGGCAUCCAGCGCUUUGCGGACACGCACUCGCUCAAGACACUGUUCACCAAGUGCAGGAACUUCGCGCUGCAGACCUUUGAGGAUGUGUCCCAGCAUGAAGAAUUCCUGGAGCUGGGGAAGGACGAGCUUAUUGAUUACAUUUGCAGCGACGAGCUGGUGAUCAGCAAGGAGGAGAUGGUGUUCGAGGCCGUGAUGCGCUGGGUGUACCGCGCGGUCGAGCUGCGCCGGCCCGUGCUCCACGAGCUCCUGACGCAUGUCCGGCUCCCGCUCCUGCACCCUAACUACUUUGUUCAGACUGUAGAAGUGGACCAGCUGAUUCAGAAUUCCCCAGAGUGCUACCAGCUGCUGCAUGAAGCUAGGCGAUACCACAUCCUUGGAAACGAGAUGAUGUCUCCCAGAACUAGGCCACGCAGAUCAACUGGUUAUUCUGAGGUGAUAGUUGUUGUUGGAGGCUGUGAACGAGUUGGAGGGUUUAAUUUGCCAUACACGGAGUGCUAUGAUCCUGUGACAGGAGAGUGGAAGUCACUGGCUAAACUUCCAGAGUUUACCAAGUCUGAGUACGCAGUGUGUGCUUUGCGGAAUGAUAUUCUUGUUUCAGGUGGAAGAAUCAAUAGCCGGGAUGUCUGGAUUUAUAACUCUCAACUUAACAUUUGGAUCAGAGUCGCAUCCUUAAAUAAAGGCAGAUGGAGACAUAAAAUGGCUGUUCUUCUGGGUAAAGUGUAUGUGGUGGGAGGAUACGAUGGGCAAAACCGCCUGAGCAGUGUGGAGUGCUACGACUCCUUCUCCAAUCGCUGGACUGAGGUGGCUCCUCUGAAGGAGGCUGUGAGCUCCCCUGCUGUCACCAGCUGUGUUGGCAAACUCUUUGUCAUCGGGGGUGGCCCUGAUGACAACACCUGUUCUGACAAGGUUCAGUCGUAUGAUCCUGAUACCAAUUCCUGGUUGCUCCGUGCCACCAUCCCUAUUGCCAAGAGAUGUAUCACGGCUGUGUCCCUGAACAACCUGAUAUACGUUGCUGGUGGGCUCACCAAAGCCAUUUACUGCUAUGACCCCAUUGAGGACUACUGGAUGCAUGUACAGAAUACAUUCAGCAGACAGGAGAACUGUGGCAUGUCUGUGUGUAAUGGAAAAAUCUAUAUUCUUGGUGGAAGACGGGAAAAUGGUGAAGCCACAGACACUAUUCUUUGUUAUGACCCUGCAACGGGCAUUAUCACAGGAGUAGCAGCCAUGCCCAGGCCAGUAUCGUAUCAUGGCUGUGUGACCAUUCAUAGAUACAAUGAAAAAGGCUUUAAACUGUAAUUUUUUUUUUCUUGAAUAAAGAAGAAGAAUGAAUCCAGUGGUCUGCUGCAAGACAGGCUUUUUAAAGAUUCCUGAAGUGGGAAUUCCCUGCCUAAGUGUCAUAUGAAAAUUAUAUCCUGUGCCUUUAGAAAAAGGGCUAAUGUAACUUACCAAACAAGUCUACAAACCUAUCCAGUAACCAGAGUUCAGAUAGCUCUGCUUGGGCUCUGAUAUGAGAGCAGGACAUUGUACAGAGGAUGGAAAGUUUGCCCUAUGUGUGAUUAGUAAUUAAAACCUUGAAAGCUUUUUGGGGAAAGUGCCUUCAGCAUUUGUGCCUGUGUCUUUAAAAGCAAUAUAUUCAAGGUGUUUCUGGUUCUGCCAAUGGGAAAAAUGUAUAGGCAAGUAAAUCCCAAAGAAUCAUCCUGAAUCAUUAUAUGCAAUUUAAAAAGUUCAAUUAUAAUUCAUAUAUCAUUCUUAAAAGCAGAUUACUUGGCUUAACCAAGUAAAUUUUUUUGUCAGAUCAUGCAUAGGUUGAAAUUAAAAGAAAAAAAAACCAAACAAACAACAACACAAAAAAACCAAAGCAAAACCAAAACACCAACAAAACAAGCUACACUGGACAAAUAUGAGAAUCUCUGAGAAAUGCUUUCUUCUGAAGGCCAAACUGGUUGUUUGGCGAGCCACUACAACACACCGCGGUGAUGCUUUUGUACAUUAACCCUGUGGAACGUAUUCAUAGUGCUCAUAAAUGUCCAGCAAAGAAGUACAAGACUACAUGACAUGGAAAACCAGUGGGUUCAGGCAUGCACCUGUGAGGCAAAGUUUGAGUCACAGUUUUUACCUUUUUGAAUAGUAUGGGUGAAGGCUGAGAGUUACUGGGUUCACUCUUUGCUCACUGCAAUGUCUAAACUAUUUAGGAAAUAAAAGGACAUUGAACUCUGGAUUCUCGCAAUUUUCUGAAUCACAUUAUAAAUUACCUGAUCAUAGAGGUGGGGACUUCAGUUUGUGCCCUGCAGCUUAUAAAUUGGUCUUUUGGAUGUCUCAUCUGCAGAGUAUCCAGCAAGUAUUUCUUGGCCUUUCUUCAGAUAAUCACUUACUGUAGCACAGUUAAACUACUGAAUGAGCUGCUUGGCUUCAGAUAAAGAAUUUCUGGAAAGGCUCCUCCUUUCCAGAAAAAUAUCUGCGGGCCUGUCCAUGUAGCCAUAUGAUGUGUUUUGGAUAAUUUUGAAGCCUAGGAAGCACCUGUAUUUUGAUGCACCACCAUUGUUGUGUUGGGGUUUUUUUCAGUAAAGGUAUUUUUUUAAGUCCUCCCUAGAUUUCUGUACUAGGACUCUUUAUUUCCAGUACACAGUUGUACAGCUGAGGCACAAAGUUCAUAAAAAUUGAAAUAGCACUUGGGAGUUGGAAAACUAAUAGGAUUGUCUGUGUACCAAUUUCCUGUAAAUCACCAAAAACCUCAGGAACUGCCUUUCAAAGGAACUCUGAGGACAGCAGCCAGUAAGGAAGUUGGUCAGUGCCAGGGCAGAAAAACCCCAUAAAACCCCUGCAGAGCCAGCCCUGGCCUCAGGGUUCUGGUCUCUGUGCUUGCUCAGGAGGGUGAAAACAAGCACCAUCUCUGGAACGUUGUUUGUUCCACUGGACUUUCCUCAUCUGUUUUCCCAGAGUAUUUCUUCAUGAGAUGGAAAUUCUGACCCUCAGCAAAGCUAUGCCAAACUGGGAGUCACCAUUUUCAGUAAUAUGGUCAUGAGUUUUAAAGGGCACUGGGAGCUGCACUUUGGGAUGCAUUAACUUGUAACCUCAGGAAAGGACACAAAUUUCAGUUUCUGGCUGAAUACCAAAUACUACUUUUGAUAUGGUAAGAAUACUGGUAAAAUACAAAUCAUUGCAUAUCAGUGAUGUAGUCAGGAGGUCAGCCCCUGAGCAUUCAUGUUGCCCUAAAAAGAAAAUCCCUUGGUAAUGUAAGACAAAUGAAUCAGAUAAAUUAAUCCUUUUCUAAGUUUCAUCUGUUUUGCUCACUAAGUUUUACUUUGAAAUGGCAAUUUCAGUACCUGUGAAUAAGGUCUGUUGAUUGCAAUGAUAAUUGCCCUGUAACUGAUUUUAUGUACUAACAGCAUAUAUAGCUUGUGCCAUCAUUGUAAAUAAAAAUGACGAAGACUAUA